AGGCAUUUCUCACUUAGACUUAGGUAGCAAGGUUUAUUCAAUCUUUCCUGAAGAUCCGGUGUCAAGCUUCACCCAACAAUAAACCCACCUUCGUCUUCUCUCUCUUUUCGUCCAGGGUGUCUCAGCUGUCUUCCAAUUUUCUUCUACUGGUCAUUUGGAAUCCCAGACAAAACUUGUUUGUUUGGGGUUCAGCAAUAAACCUACUUCAAUUAAUUACAAAUUUACAAUAAAACAACUCUAAAAACUCUCUUCUUUUCGAUAUUUCCUCAAAUUUAAUUUCAAUUGCAAGAUUGAAAUUCAUACAACUUCCGUUUUUGGUGAACAAAAUCAAUCCUUUCUUCCAUUGUCCAAAUUGGGUUCUUUUUGAAAUUCAUUAGUUUUUAAGAAAAGAAGGGGUUUUUCAAAGAUCCCCCACUUUAAAUUUGGUUUUAAUUUUGCUGAGGAAGAGGAGAUUUUCAAUUGACUUGACCCACUGUUACCAUGAAUAACCUUCUUUCUGAUUCAUUUGAGAUUCCUCGUGGGGAAUCAUCGAGAGGUGGUGAUCUUGAGAUGGGAGUAAAUCUUCAGAAUUCAGGAGAAUUAGGCUUGCAAAACUUUUCUAAGAAGGUCCAAGAAGUAGAUAAGCAGUAUGAUAAGAUCAAUGAGCUUUUAAGAAAGCUCCAGGAUGCACAUGAGGAGUCAAAAGCUGUUACAAAGGCUUCCGCCAUGAAAGCCAUUAAGAAACGCAUGGAGAAAGAUGUAGAUGAAGUCCAAAAGAUUGCCCGGCUUAUAAAAUCAAAAAUUGAAGAACUUGAUAGAGAUAAUUUAUCAAGCAUGCAGAAGCCUGGAUGUGGGAAAGGAACAGCCAUUGAACGGGCCAGGACAGCACAGACAAUUGCUUUAAAGAAGAGAUUGAGAGACAAGAUGGCAGAAUUUCAGGUAUUACGUGAAAAUAUUCAUCAAGAGUAUCGUGAAGUUGUCGAGCGCCGUGUUUACACAGUGACUGGUCAAAGAGCUGAUGAAGAGAAAAUUGAUCAAUUAAUCGAGACUGGUGAUAGUGAACAAAUAUUUCAGAAAGCAAUACAAGAGCAAGGCCGUGGUCAGGUGAUGGAUACACUUGCCGAAAUACAAGAGCGACAUGAUGCUGUCAGAGACGUGGAGAGGAAGCUGCUUGAGCUACAGCAGAUUUUUCUAGAUAUGGCUGUUUUGGUCGACGCGCAGGGGGAUUUGCUCGACAACAUAGAAUCACAGGUUUCAAAUGCUGUAGAUCAUGUUAAUACAGGAAAUACAGCUUUGCAAAAAGCAAAAAGCCUGCAAAAGAACUCGCGAAAAUGGAUGUGCAUUGCAAUUAUCAUCCUUCUUAUUAUUGUAGCUGUAAUUGUUGUGGGCGUACUCAAGCCAUGGCAACAAAAGGGCGGUGCUUGAUCUGAUUCCUGUCGUACAUUCUAUACAUAAUAUAUCUUGUGAUAUCCCUCCCCCCUCCAAAAAAAGAAGAGAUCAAGAUCAUGUGAAUUUGUUGUUCUUGUAACUUGGUCAGCUUUGUGUGAAUUAUUAGUUCUAAUAUUUGCAAACCUAGGUUUUGCCUUUUCUAUCAUGUUCUUGAGACAUGCUUUUUCCCCUGUAUUCUUUUAUUUUCUGACCCAACCUUCUGUUCAUGUAAUAUCAUUCUUUUUAGUUUUAAAUUAUCACCACUACCUUCUGUAGGGGACUAAAUUCAAAAGAACUUUGUUGUUUUGGUGAUUAUCCUAAGUAGCUAAAUGUUUUGGUGUUGUCUUAA